UGUACAUAAUGGUAAUUACCCAGGCAAAAUAUUCUACUAUCUGCUAUAGUAGUAAUAGUAUUAAAAUGAUGGUGUGUUGCCAAGUUUGCAGCCAGAACAUCUGUAAUCAAUUUCCCUGAAUUCCUCAUUAUGAUGGCCCAUAAAAUGAAAGAUACAGAUACUGAAGAAGAAAUCAGAGUGGCAUUCCGAGUGUUUGACAAGGAGGGAAAUGGCUUUAUAAGUGCAGCAGAACUCCGUCAUGUGAUGACAAACCUGGGAGAGAAAUUAACAGAUGAAGAGGUUGAUGAGAUGAUUAGAGUAGCUGACAUUGAUGGAGACGGUCAAGUAAAUUAUGAAGAACUUGUACAGAUGAUGAUCUCAAAGUGAAGUCCUUCAUGUGUUUUCUAGAAAGAUGUUAAUUUGCCUAUCUUUGAUGUUAUGAUAUGCCAGUAAAAAAUAGUAUUCUAAUUAUAU